GCAGGCGCGCUAGGAGCGGGCGGGUGGCGGGCAGCGCGCGGGAGGAGCGGCCGAAGUUUCUCCGCCUGCCUCGUCCCGGGAGCCAGAGCCACCCCGCACCGCUGAGGAAAGAGGGACGAAAACAAACUGCAGAAGCCCUGAAAGAUAAUUCUCAAGUCAGCCCGAGGCGCGGGGGCAGAUCCGCGCUCUCCCAGGCUCUGGAGGCCUUUGCUAUGACCGCAGUCCUUUCCCGGAGCCAGGACUGCCCCUCGCUGCCACAGCCACUCCAGGUGCCCGCGCAGCCCAGCCUGUCCCCCACCCCGCGUCACCAUGGGCAGCGUCAGUAGCCUCAUCUCCGGCCACGGCUUCCACAGCAAGCACUGCCGCGCUUCGCAGUACAAGCUGCGCAAAUCCUCCCACCUCAAGAAACUCAACCGCUACUCGGACGGGCUGCUCAGAUUCGGCUUCUCCCAGGACUCGGGGCAUGGCAAGUCCAGCUCCAAAAUGGGCAAGAGUGAAGACUUCUUCUACAUUAAAGUCAGCCAGAAGGCCCGGGGCGCCCACCACCCCGAUUACACUGCACUGUCCAGUGGGGACCUGGGGGGCCAGGCUGGGGUGGACUUCGGCCCAUCUACCCCACCCAAGCUCAUGCCCUUCUCCAAUCAGCUAGAAAUGGCCUCAGAGAAGGGUGCGGUGCGGCCCACAGCCUUCAAGCCGGUGCUGCCGCGAUCAGGAGCCGUCCUGCACGCCUCCCCCGAGAGCACCGGCCACCAGCUGCACCCCGCCCCUUCGGACAAGCCCAAGGAGCAGGAGCUGAGGCCUGGCCAGUGCUCCGGGGCUCUGUCCGACUCCGGCCGCAACUCCAUGUCCAGCCUGCCCACACACAGCACCAGCAGCAGCUACCAGCUGGACCCGCUGGUCACCGCCGUGGGGCCCGCCAGCCGUUUUGGGGGCUCAGCCCACAACAUCACCCAGGGCAUCCUCCUCCAGGACAGCAACAUGAUGAGCCUGAAGGCGCUGUCCUUCUCCGACGGCGGCAGCAAGCUGGCCCACCCGAGCAAGGCGGACAGGGGCUCCUCCUGCGUGCGCUCGCCCAUCUCCACGGACGAGUGCGCCAUCCAGGAGCUCGAGCAGAAGCUGCUGGAGAGGGAGGGCGAGCUACAGAAGCUGCGGCGCAGCUUUGACGAGAAGGAGCUGGCCUCCAGCCAGGCCUACGAGGAGCGGCCGUGGCGCUACCCCGAGGAGCUGGAGGGCCCCGAGCCCAAGAGCAGCAGCCGGCUGAAGGCCUCGCAGAAGGGCCAGCGCACACAGCAGGUGCUGCACCUGCAGGUGCUGCAGCUCCAGCAGGAGAAGCGGCAGCUCCGGCAGGAGCUUGAGAGCCUCAUGAAGGAGCAGGACCUGCUGGAGAGCAAGCUGCGGUCCUACGAGAAGGAGAAGACCAGCUUCGGCCCCGCGCUGGAGGAGACCCAGUGGGAGGUGUGCCAGAAGUCGGGCGAGAUCUCCCUCCUGAAGCAGCAGCUGAAGGAGUCCCAGAUGGAGGUCAACGCCAAGGCCAGUGAGAUCCUCAGUCUGAAGGCGCAGCUGAAGGACACGCGGGGCAAGCUGGAGGGCAUGGAGCUGAAGACGCGGGAUUUGGAGGGCGCGCUGCGCACCAAGGGCCUGGAGCUGGAGGUCUGCGAGAACGAGCUGCAGCGCAAGAAGAACGAGUCCGAGCUCCUGCGGGAGAAGGUGAACCUGCUGGAGCAGGAGCUGCAGGACCUGCGGGCGCAGGCCGCCCUGCAGCGGGACUGCACGCCCCGGGGGCCGGUGCUGGGGGCCGGGCCGGGGCCCACCUUCUCCGAGGACAUCCCGGCCCUGCAGCGGGAGCUGGAGCGGCUGCGGGCUGAGCUCAAGGAGGAGCGGCAAGGCCACGACCAGAUGUCCUCAGGCUUCCAGCACGAGCGGCUGGUUUGGAAGGAGGAGAAAGAGAAGGUGAUCCAGUACCAGAAGCAGCUACAGCAGAGCUACCUGGCCAUGUACCAGCGGAACCAGCGCCUGGAGAAAGCCCUGCAGCAGCUGGCCCACAGAGAUGGGGCCGGGGAGGCUCUGGAGAUUGACCUUGAAGGGGCCGACAUCCCCUACGAGGACAUCAUAGCCACCGAGAUCUGAGGGGCCUCCUGGGAGGGGAGAGCCGGGACCGGCAUUGGGAGGCAGGAUGCAGGGCUGUCCAGGAGGGCUCCCUCCCCUCCUCCCUGCUCAACAGCUGAGCCUCUGAGAGAAGCCUGCCCGGGCACAGACCUGGGAUCCUCGGGGAGGGAAGCAGAGGGGAGAGAAGGGACUGCCUCUGGCCUUCCUCCCCUUUCCCGUGGCGCAGUGCUCACCACUCUGCCGCCCACCAGACCUCUAGCCUUCCCGAGAGAUGGGCCAGGCGUCUCCAUCAUUUGGUCAAGGUCUCCCUACACCUUGGCCUGUAUUCAAAUACUUAGAGAUACCCUUCCCCAGGGAUGGUGGUGGCUGCCACGAAGGUCAGCGACCUCCUCUCUUCCCACUGUCUUUCUCCCCGGACACACUGGGAUGCCUUGGGAAUAGAACGAAGCCAUUUGUGACCAGAAUCCUUGUAAUCUGACCCAGUCAUCACCUGAGCUCUUCCUCUGGCUGAGGAGGCGCAGGGGUUGGGGCGGGGUGCUGGAAGCUGGCUUGGCCACAUCAGCGCUGCCCCGGUGCCGAUGCCGGCCACAGAAAGGAGGGGAGAGCUGGGUAGCCCCGGUCAGCGAGGACCCCAGGGGCAGAGGGAGAAGCUCAGUAGUCUGACCCGACCCUGCUGGGCCUGCUGACAUGGUGAGCCGCCUCUGAGCAGCCGGUGGCCUUUGAUCUCAGUGACCACUUUUCUUAAAGCCAUAGAUACCUGGGUAGGUGCUGGGAAGGGAAGGUUGCAGGCUCGGGGACACGGGUGGGCGUGGCAUUCCAGCUGUCCCAAGGAGAGCCUGGGAUAGUUCCUGGUGGGGUCUGGAGGCGCGGCUUCCCCACCUGGCUAAGUUGGCCAGCGGCUACUUUGAACUUGUUUUCUUCCCAAGAACCCAGCCUUUGCUGGAUCCAGAAUAACCUGUAUCCACUAAGAUGGUCAGGACGACCUGGGCAGUGGCACGCCUGCUCCCUUCACGGCUCCAGGGCCAAGUUCAGACAAGAGUCCUUCCUGGUCAGGAGGGGUCCCCAGAGUGCCGGGGCCCGAGCCCCAGGCAGGGAGACACAGCCUUGUGAACGUCCCAGGGCCACACGGGCCUCCCUCCACCCCGAGCCCUAGAGCCGGACUGUCAGGAAGCCAGAGGCUGCAGCUGCUGGGAGCUGGGCCGGCGCCGGGGGAGGCGGGGUCUCCGUUCUCAGGAUGUGCAGCGCUGGGGAGCACAGAAAAGGUAGAGUUUCUCAGUUGCUUGUUUCAGAAUUUUUUUUUCUUCUUUUUCUUUCUUUCUUGUCUUUUUAGAAGCCAGCCAGAUCUAGCAGGCAGCCAGGCUGUUCCAGGUUCUAUUUUUGACUCUAGCCGCAGCUGCUGUUCCUAGGACAGCCAGCCCUUGCUGGGUGCCCGUGCCUCAUGCCUGCCUGUCGGGGGAGGGGGGCUCCCCGGGGCACUCGGCUGUUCCACACCGGUCCCCCUCUGUCUCCCGACCUCUGACCUUCAGCUACAGACUCCUGGUGGGAAUGAAGCUGCUCCUCUUCCUGCCCCGGUCCCUCCAGGACCCACCACAUUCCUUCCCCGAGUCCGGUUACGCUGUGCCUGUCCUGCUGCCUUCACACGACGGAGGAGCGUUUCUGGAAUUGGAAGCCAUGGCUCUUAGUCAUAAGCCAGAUUUAAACCUGGAAUCCACAGGCCAAGAGCCCCCUCCCUGCCUGCAGGGCCCUACUGGCCACUGGGCCUUGUGCAGAACCCCAGUCAAAGGUGUCCCAUGCCCUGUGCUGUGCCGUCAUCCCUCCAUUUCCACCAGCGGGCCUUGGGCCCUUCCUCCCAGUGAGACUGCCCCACAGGCCAGAGAAAGGGGCUACUGGCCCCUCCCCAAGCCGGAGACACCCCGACACCCCUCCCAAAGAGCAGUCCCUCACCUGAGAAGAGGUGGGUGCUAACCAGGGUAUGACCGUGCCCUGCACCCCACAGCCCUGCCCCCAGCCAACCCUUGGAUUCCUCCCUGGGCUGCCACCAGCCCCAGGCCCCAGGAUGGCCCACAGUGGCACCAGGGUGCAUCAGUGACUUGUAACAUAGCAACCUCACCACCGCGUGGCUUUUGUCCCCUCCCAGUGGAAACUGUGCUUCCUUCUCCUGGACCGUGCCCGCCAGACCCAGCCUCUCCAGUCGGGGCUCUGGACAGCAGAGGCUGGCAGGACUGGGGAGGUCGGACAACUGGGCCUCAGAGCAGGCAGCCUGGCCCAGGGCCCUUCCCUCUGAGCACUCCUGCUGGCUGGCUUGCUCGCGCCCCCAAGAUCGCCUGGCCUGAAAACGCUCCAGCUGUCUGCAGAGAGCGCAGCAGCCGCACCACCUCUGCGAGGAGGAGGGGGCUCUGCCUCGGGGACUUGGGAUGACCAGACUCAGGGGCGGGCGCCCACUGCAGGGCACACUCCGCCCAUGUGGACACUGAGCUCUGUGGUGACCGGGGGCCCUCUCUCCCUGAGAGGCAGCUGCUGAGCCUCUGCCCCUGCCCCGGCCUGGUCCCGCCCUAGCCAGGCUGCCCGGAGGUGAGGCAGGCUGGGCUGGUGGAGCAGCAGCUUCAGGAGGGGCGUUGAGCUGGAGCCAUCUCCCCCCACCCACCCCCAAGCAGGUGGUGCUCCCCGCCCUCCCGUGUAGAGCGUCUGCUGCGUCUGCAGGCAGAGCCGGCAUCCCCAGCCGGGCGGCCUUGGGACGGGCUGGCGUCCGGAAGAGUAUGUACAGUCCUUUUUCUCUCGGUUGCUUCUUGUUUUGUUUGCUUUGCUUUCGACAGCUUCGUUUUAUUUUAUUUUUGAUGCCCCUUUUGGCCAUGUAAACUAUUUCUGGUGGUUUUAUGUUUUUAUUUAUGAAUAAAGAGUGCCAUUUCUCAUGUCUUCCA